AUGAACGUCAGUACCAGUGCUCUUGGUGUGAGAAGAAGAAAGGCCACCUCUCAGAAUAUAGACGAUGAGGAGAACGCCGCCCUUUUGAAGUUGGGUCCCGAGUUCCAACUCAAGCAGAUCACCAACAGUGGCGAGGAAGAGCAGUUGAUUGCGUUGAACUUGUCGGAAGCAAGAUUAUUGAUCAGAGCAGCAUUGAAGGAGAGAAAGAACAAGAACUCCAAGAACAGGGAGUUUGAAGAGGACGACGAAGAAAACGAAAAGGAAGACGAAAUAGAAAACAUGAACUUGGCAGGACCUAACUCGAACGAAAUAAUGCACAAAACCUUGAACUACUUGUCGAACUUCGCCCGGUACAAGAACUCGUCCUCCACUGAGACGGUGGAGAAGUUGUUGAAUGACUUCAGUGCCCUGGUAGCCGAGCCCUUGCACCCAUUCGAGUUGGCGCAGUUGGGCACGCUUGAAUGCGAAGACGCUGAAGAAGCCAAGUCCUUGAUUCCCAGUCUUGCCAACAAGGUGUCGGACGUCCAAUUGCAGUCGUUGCUCACUGAGUUAAGAAAAUACCAGACCUUGUCUUAG